AUGGUCACCAUUAACCUAACUCCUGAGGCUAAGGUCUCGUACGCCGAGGUCAUGCUCAUGGCCCGGAAGCGGGUGAAGUUGGAGGAGCUGGGCAUCACGGCGUUGAUGCCCAGACGAGCUCGGACCGGUGGCUUGGUCCUCGAGAUACCUGGGGAGGACAGGACGGAGAAAGCGGCAAAGUUGGCUGACUGCCUCCGCCAGAUGUUCAGUGGCACUGAGGUGAGAGUUGCUCGCCCUAUAAAAAUGGGCGAGGUUAGGGUGACCGAUCUCGACGACUCGGUCAUCCAGGCGGAGGUGGCGGCCGCGUUGGUCGCUGCGGCGGGUUGCUCCACUGAAGAAGUCAAAAUGGUGGAGAUUGGCACCUCCCCCCAAAGGAUGGGGACUGUCUGA